AUGAUCGACUCGGUCCAUAUUGCCUGAGCCUAGCUUGUUGCCAAAGUGAUGCGCCUAUGAUCUUUUUCUGCAACAACAUACAUGCUGAAGAAGAAGAAGCAACAAAAAGGAAAGAUGCAAUCUCCGUGUCUGAAAGAGGCUUCACAAGCUUGCAUACAUGGUUGUGGCUUAAUUCCUUUGCUUUCUUUGCCGGAAUCUUCGAAUUCGAAGGACGGGCGGACGUUCACCAAUACGGUUGCAGCUACUCGAGUUGAGUUUACUACUUCAACGACUCUGUCUCUUGAUCCGAACGUUCAAUUCACGAACCCUGAAUCUCUACCUUCUUUAGCAGAAUCAUUCUAUCAAUUCAAUGAAGCUUACCCAUUAUAUUCCAAGACUGAAUUUGCUGAUCGAAUCCGAAGAGAAGACUACAAUCAUUUUUCGGUGUCGAACCAUGUAUGUCUUGAUUAUAUUGGGUUGGGUCUCUUCAGUCAUUCCCAGCAAGAACCACCGCAAUCCUCCUCCUUAGCAUCUACUUCUUCUUCUCCCCCGCCACCACCACCGAGACAUUCCGAAUUCCCGUUCUUUGAAGUCUCAUACAAAGCAGCAAAUUUGAGUUCUCAAAUACUUUAUGGAGCUAAAGAAUCAGAACUAGAAUCAGCAAUCAAAAGAAGAAUUAUGGAUUUCCUCAAUGUAUCUGAAACUGAAUACCAUAUGGUUUUCACGGCGAAUCGAGCAUCUGCUUUUAAGCUUUUAGCAGAAUCUUAUCCGUUUCAAACCAAUAAGAGCCUGUUGACAGUUUACGAUUACGAAAGCGAAGCGGUGGACGGAAUGAUCGAGAAAUCCAAGAAACGAGGAGCUAGAGUUAUGCAAGCUGAGUUCAUGUGGCCAAGGAUGAGAAUUCACUCAACAAAACUGAGAAAAAUGCUGGUCAGCAGAAGAAAAAAGAAGAAAGGACUAUUUGUAUUCCCGCUUCAAUCCCGGAUGACCGGAGCAAGAUAUUCUUAUCAGUGGAUGAAUUUAGCGGAGGAAAAUGGUUGGCAUGUAGUUCUUGAUGCUUGUGCUUUAGGACCCAAAGAUAUGGGAACUCUGGGGUUGUCACUGUUUAAGCCGGACUUCAUUAUAAGCUCAUUUUUUAAGGUAUUUGGUGACAAUCCCUCAGGGUUUGGCUGCCUUUUUGUCAAGAAAUCUAGUGCAGGAAUCUUGGAAACAUCGGCGACGGAUAGAAGCAUCGGAAUUGUGAGUCUUAUCCAUGCAAAUGAUGCUACUUAUCAUCUGGUAAGUGAUUCCUCAAGUUCAUUUUCUGGUCCAAUAUUUCCUCACAUGAGAAAAGAUAGAUCCUCAAACUCAGAUCGCAAUAAUAGACGAUCGGAAGAAAUUGCCAAACAUGGAGAAACCUUCACAGACGCAAAAAUGAAACAAAAGGUAGAACCAUCAUGUGAAAUUGUUGAAUUGGAGCCUGCAACAACUGAACCUGCAGCACUUAGAAGCCAUGAUAAUGUAGCUUCCAUCACUUGCAAAGGUCUAGAUAAUGCAGAUUCAUUGGGACUGAUUAUCAUAACGAAUAGAUUACGGUGUCUGAUCAAUUGGCUGGUAAAUGCAUUGAUGAAACUCAAACAUCCGUAUUCUGAGAAAGGGAUUCCACUCACAAAAAUAUACGGGCCAAAGAUAAAAUUCGACCGCGGACCUGCAUUAGCGUUCAAUGUGUUUGAUUGGAAAGGAGAAAAGGUUGAACCUUCACUCGUGCAGAAACUCGCCGACCGGAGCAAUAUUUCUCUUAGUUACGGGUACUUGCAAAACAUAUGGUUCUCUGACAAAUACGAAGAAGAAAAGAAAAUAGUGUUGGAGAUAAAAAGACAUGAAGAUGAAGCAGUAGGAGCAGUAAGCAAGAUGAUCAGAGGGAAAGGUAACCUGGGAGUUACUGUUGUUACAGCUACAUUUGGGUUCCUGACAAAUUUUGAAGAUGCAUAUAGGCUCUGGACUUUUGUUGCGCAAUUUCUUGAUGCAGAUUUUGUGGAGAAAGAGCGGUGGAGAUAUACUGCGCUUGACCAGAAGAUUAUUGAAGUUUAAAGUAAUAUUCAUUUAUUCUUUUACAUCAUUGUAAUCAUCCAAAACAAGAAUUGAUAAUGUAAACAACAAACAGGAUUUUAAUCAUUUCUAUCAAAAAAAAAACAGAGCAUUACAGCAAAAAA